UUCCUGCUUUGGACACAAGUUCUUUCUGAAAGUUUUGACACUAAAGUGUCCUGAGAGGGAGCAGGGUUCACACAGGACCAGGGCAGGGGUGCCCUUUCAUCUCCCUUAUAUUCUGCAUUCUCAUAUGUUUAGUUUUUUUUUUUUUUGAGUGACAGAGGAGGCACAGAUAAGAAAGCUGUAGCUUGUAUGUCCUUGAUCACAUGUGUGCCUGGGAGACUGAAGAACUUACUGCUGGAGGAAGUUGUUUGAGGUGGAUUAAGUAAUGCACCUCCGCCUUUAUGUCAUGGUGAUCUCAUACCUUUGUGCCAUCAAAGCUGCCCCCUUCCAAAACCAGACCACUGAUUUGGAUUAUGGCCCUGAGAACUCCUCCAACUCCACAGACCAACCACAGAACUUCUUUGAAUUCACUGAGGGACUACAUGAUGGCUUCUUCCCGGAUUUAGCAACCACAUAUCCUGAUAUGGCUGGUAAAGAAUGGAACCUAUAUUCCCCAAGAGUGGCCCUCACUAGUCAGGAGCCCUCAGGACCUCCUCUUUUAUUUUUGGCAGAAGAAUCUAUUUCACAUUCAGAACAGGCCAACAGAACUUCUCGGGUGAAACGGGCAAGGGGAUCUGAUGCUAUAAGCCCUUCUCGAAGAGGAGAGCUUUCUGUGUGUGAUACUAUGCAUGUUUGGGUGACUGACAAGAGGUCAGCUGUUGAUAUUUAUGGUAAGACUGUCACUAUCCUAUCUGAGAUUCAGACUCUUACAGGACCACUCAAGCAAUACUUUUUUGAGACCAAGUGCAACCCUGAAGGAGGUACUACUAAUGGUUGUCGUGGGGUGGAUAAAAGACAAUGGUUGUCAGAAUGUAAACAAAAGCAAUCCUAUGUAAGAGCGUUGACCAUGGAUGAUAAGCUUGUGGGUUGGCGCUGGAUCCGGAUCGAUACAGCAUGUGUUUGCACCCUGCUAAGCAGAAGAGGAAGGACGUAAAAUCAGAGAGGGCAGAGGGUUAUCCCUCUCUGUGGUUUACUGUGGAUAGGGAAAGCAAAUGGAGCUCCUGUUUUCCUUAAGCUGUUUACAAUAUGGCAUCAUGGCCGACAUCACACAUUCCUGGAGUCAUGCCACAAACACACUAUAUUUGGGGGAUGGAGGAGUCUCGAAACUACAGCUGUCAUCAGCAGUGGUUUAACUUUACCAUGUUGAGAAAGAGCACAAAACUGGAUGCAAAAAGACACCAUACGGAUCUCAUAGGAUGGGACAAAAAUGUUCACCUCUCAGUGCUUUCUAAAUUUAGUGCCUUUUUGUCCUGAAUUUGAACAGUGUAGUGAACAAUUAAUCUGAAUUCUAUCGCAAGAUGACCUGUGGACUAUGUGUCCCUCUAUGACUACAUGAUGGAGACAUUACAUAGAUGAUGCUGAAGUGGCAGAAGUUUUUAAAUUAAAAAUGUAUUUGGAUUUGAUGAUAAUUUUGUAGAAAUGGAGAAUGUGUGUUUAUUUUUGUCCUGCUGACAGGUACACGGCAGGUGACAUUGUAAGCUAUUAUUAUAAAUUGGUUAUUCUAUUUGUAAAUUUUAUAUAUCUAUAAAUAUAUAUAUGUGUAUAUAUAUAUAUAUUGAGAAAUAUAACUUAUUGUCAUUUCCUUUUUAUGAACUGCAUGUUACAUCUUCCUAUUUCUGCUUCUUUCACAUCAUGUUUUUUUUCUACCCAAUAUUUAUUACCCUUUCCUAUCAUAUAAUUCCCAACCCCCCGACAUUAGACUACUUGCUUUCAUCUUUUUGUCAUCAUUGUUCCCAUUACCAGAUGCUGGGAGUGUAUCAAUGAUUUGAUGUAUUACAGAAUUUUCUGUAUUUCACCCCCUGUUUUGAUAAAAGGUCACAUAAGUAGAAGUAAGCAACAAAAGAGACACCUAUGGGCUGCAGAAGGUAUUACACUACUGCUUACUAAUGAGCAUAACUUCAGGGUUUUAUCCCAAAAAUAUGGGGUUAAAGCCUACCACCCAAACUUUAAAAUUCACAUAUAGGGACAGAUAACCCCAAUAUUGCACACCCUCGCCCACUCAUGUCACACUUUCAAGGGGCUAGUUUAGUGGAAACCUUACACUUUAAAUCUUCCUUAUUUGGCCGAAGUAAACAGAACAUAACAUGCAUGAAAGGGCUAACAGUAAAAUCAGAACUCACCAUUUAUAAGCGAUGAACAAUUAUAAUGUUUGCAUAAAUGUAUACAUUUUUUACACCAGGUCGGUACAAUAUAUGGAUUUUCAGGUCACAUCCUCUGAAGUCUUCCAGUAUGCCAUAUUUAACUUGUGGAUCUCCAGCUCUUGUGAGGUUACAACUCUCAUCAUGGGGUGUCACAGGUUGCAGAUGGAUGAAACUGUUCAGGGCUGAAUGUCCUCUAUACUUUAUAUAAACUGAAAACCAAAGAAUUGUCGCCCCCUUGUGGACUAAAAUAUACAUUUGUAAAUUCACCCUGUAGUACAAUAAUAUAUUACAAGAUAAAGGUUUAAAGUAUAACCAAACGUGACAUACUGGUUUUGAAGAGCAUUACAUAAUAUAUUAGGGAACCGCAUAUCUGACAAUUCCAUAAAAUGCAUUUAUUAUUGUAGUUGUACCUUCAAACCCAGGACUUCUUCCACAAGAACCUGUGGCGCUGUGUAUACUUCUGAAGGGUCCCUGGGGUGAAACGUGGAUUUCCACAGUCCUAAAGUUUAUCAGAAUAAUUUUGAUACUAACAAUGACAACAUUGAUACUUGAUUACAAUAUUAUAAUAUGGAAUUGAUGUUUAUGCAAUGGUCAGAUAUAUUAUUUAGGCUACUUUCACACUAGCG